AUGAACAGAGAAGCGGACUGUCCCACAGACCUGGAAAUGGCCGCCCCCAAAGGCCAAGACCGCUGGUCCCAGGAAGAUAUGCUGACUCUGCUGGAAUGCAUGAAGAACAACCUCCCAUCCAACGACAGCUCCAAGUUCAAAACCGCAGAGUCGCACAUGGAUUGGGAAAAAGUUGCAUUUAAGGAUUUUUCAGGAGAUAUGUGCAAGCUCAAAUGGAUGGAGAUUUCUAAAGAGGUAAGGAAGUUCCGUACAUUGACAGAAUUGAUCCUCGAUGCUCAGGAACAUGUUAAAAACCCUUACAAAGGCAAAAAGCUCAAGAAACACCCGGAUUUUCCAAAGAAGCCUCUCACCCCUUACUUCCGCUUCUUCUUGGAGACGCGGGCCGAGUACGCGAAGCUCCACCCGGAAAUGAGCAGCCUGGACCUGACUAAUAUCCUGUCCAAGAAAUACAAGGAACUUCCAGAGAAGAAGAAGAUGAAAUAUAUUCAGGACUUCCAGAGGGAGAAACAGGAGUUCGAGCGAAACCUGGCCCGAUUCAGGGAGGAUCACCCUGACCUUAUCCAGAAUGCCAAGAAAUCGGACAUCCCGGAGAAGCCCAAAACUCCCCAGCAACUGUGGUACACCCACGAGAAGAAGGUGUAUCUCAAAGUGCGGCCGGAUGCCACUGCGAAGGAGGUGAAGGACUCCCUGGGGAAGCAGUGGUCUCAGCUCUCGGACAAAAAGAGGCUGAAAUGGAUUCAUAAGGCCCUGGAGCAGCAGAAGGAGUACAAGGAGAUUAUGCGGGACUAUAUCCAGAAGCACCCUGAGUUGAACAUCAGUGAGGAAGGCAUCACCAAGUCCACCCUUACCAAGGCCGAGCGCCAGCUCAAGGACAAGUUCGAUGGGCGACCCACCAAGCCGCCUCCGAACAGCUACUCCCUGUACUGUGCGGAGCUCAUGGCCAACAUGAAGGAUGUGCCCAGCACAGAGCGCAUGGUGCUAUGCAGCCAGCAAUGGAAGCUGCUCUCUCAGAAGGAGAAGGAUGCGUAUCACAAGAAAUGUGACCAGAAAAAGAAAGAUUAUGAGGUAGAGCUGCUGCGGUUCCUUGAGAGCUUGCCCAAGGAAGAGCAGCAGCGGGUUCUGGGAGAGGAGAAGAUGCUGAACAUCAGUAAGAAGCAGACCACCAGUCCGGCCUCCAAGAAGCCUUCACAGGAAGGUGGCAAGGGUGGCUCCGAGAAGCCCAAGCGGCCGGUGUCUGCUAUGUUCAUCUUCUCGGAGGAGAAGCGAAGGCAGCUACAGGAGGAACGACCAGAGCUCUCUGAAAGCGAAGUGACCCGCCUGCUGGCCCGCAUGUGGAAUGACUUGUCUGAGAAGAAGAAGGCUAAAUACAAGGCCCAGGAGGCUGCGCUAAAGGCGCAGUCUGAGAGGAAGCCUGGCGGGGAGCGAGAAGAUAGGGGCAAGCUGCCGGAGUCACCCAAGAGAGCUGAGGAGAUCUGGCAGCAGAGUGUCAUCGGAGACUAUCUGGCCCGCUUCAAGAAUGACCGGGUGAAAGCCUUGAAAGCCAUGGAGAUGACUUGGAACAACAUGGAGAAGAAGGAGAAGCUGGUGUGGAUUAAGAAGGCAGCAGAAGACCAAAAACGAUAUGAGAGAGAGUUAAGUGAGAUGCGGGCCCCUCCAGCUGCUACAAACUCUUCCAAAAAGAUGAAGUUCCAGGGGGAGCCCAAGAAACCUCCUAUGAACGGUUACCAGAAGUUCUCCCAGGAACUGCUGUCCAGUGGGGAGCUAAAUCACCUGCCGCUGAAGGAGCGCAUGGCGGAGAUUGGCAGCCGCUGGCAGCGCAUCUCCCAGAGCCAGAAGGAGCACUAUAAGAAGCUGGCAGAGGAGCAACAGAGGCAGUACAAGGUGCACUUGGACCUCUGGGUCAAGAGCCUGUCUCCCCAGGACCGCGCAGCAUAUAAAGACUACAUCUCCAACAAACGUAAGAACAUGACCAAGCUCCAAGGCCCAAACCCCAAGUCUAGCCGGGCCACCCUGCAGUCCAAGUCGGAGUCUGAGGAGGAUGACGACGAGGAGGAGGAUGACGAGGAGGAAGAGGAAGAUGAUGAGAACGGUGACUCUUCUGAGGAUGGCGGGGACUCUUCUGAGUCCAGCAGUGAAGAUGAAAGCGAGGAUGGGGAUGAGAAAGAUGAUGACGACGAUGAUGAAGAUGACGAUGAUGAGGAUGAAGACAACGAGUCUGAGGGCAGUAGCUCCAGCUCUUCAUCCUCAGGGGACUCUUCGGAUUCUGACUCCAACUGAGGCUCAG